CAACAGGCUUGUUUAGCUCCCGCGGAGCGCGAGAGUCAACAGUGUUCGUCGUUUCGUCAGGAUGAAACUUUGUCUUCUCCUGCCGCUUCUCCUCAUCUCCAACUCGGAGGUCACCUCGAUAACGACUCGGCCAGACGACUUCGCGGGUCCGGAGGAGUGUCUCCGCAGAAAGCCCACGCGCGCGUCCUGCGACCUGGUCUUCUGCCCCCCGUGGCAGCGAUGCAUCGAAGGGCGCUGCUCCUGCAAGCCGCCGUAUUUGUGCCCCACCGAGGACGUCGCUCCCGUUUGCGGGCGGGACGGCCGCCUCUACCGCUCCUACUGCCAGGCCAUGGCGCUUUCGUGCCGCAGCCAGAAGUCCGCCAUGUCCCACUUCGGAGAAUCAUGCUCAGUUGCGCAACCCAAGUUCUCCAGUUCCCUCGAUCCCGACACGGGCGUGCUCACCCUCUUCGUUGCCGAUGACGCGAGUCCUGGCGGGGGGAAGCGCCUGCUGGUGUGUGGGGAGCGGUGGGACAUGGCGAGCGCCAACGCGGCCUGCAAGGAUCUCGGUCACCCUCUCGGCGCCGCGUCUGCCGGCGCGCUCGGCCUCGCGACCCUACGUCGCAACGGCGGCGCUCCGCACUUUCCCGACAGCUGCGUUAGCGUUCGCUGUCGGGGGUUCGAGACGUCGCUGGCCGAGUGCGUCAUCCACGACGGCGUCCGGGUCGGCGACCGGAAGGUUGCCACGGCGACCUGCUAUGACAAGACCAACGUGCCAGAAGAGUGCGGCUUUGCGUGCGCCAACGGGAAGUGUGUGUCCACCAACCGGGCGUGCGACGGGGUCGACGACUGCGGCGACCGCAGCGACGAGAUGUGCUGCAAACGCUGCAGAAGUGGCGCCUUCCGCUGCGAGACGGGCGUGUGCGUGCACGCGGACGCAGGGGAGGACGGACAGAUGGACUGUUUGGCGGGAGAAGACGAGGCGGUGACGCACAUGAGAAAGCAUUCAGUGAUCGACUUGUACUGUCGCGCAGAGCUGGCCAGGGCGGAGUCGAACAGCACAGAGUACAUCUCUCCUAGGAAAGAAACGCGCGACAACCGUGCACAUCUGGAGUCCAAGUUGCAGUGCGGCGUUCCCAACAUGACCGCCGCUUACGACGACAGCGUCAGGGACCGAGUGAGCCGCAUCAAGAGAGUCGUCGGCGGCGUGGCGGCCAACCGGACGCAGAUCCAGUGGCAGGUGGGCCUGGAAGAAAACGGGAGGAUGAACUGCGGGGGAACUUACAUCGGAGGCUGCUGGGUCCUCACGGCGGCUCACUGUGUCAGGCCCAACCCGUCGGCGUUCCGCGUGAAGUUUUCCAUGUGGAAGAAGUCAAGGCCUCAGGACACCACCGACAUCAUCCCAGUGGGCGCGGUCAUCAUCCACCCCGGGUACAACGCCAGCACGUACGAGAACGACAUCGCCCUGGUACGGCUCAAGGACCUCCCGGAGGAGGUGGGCAAGUGUAUGGAGGACAACCCUGCGGUGAAGCCCGCCUGCGUCCCCUGGUCCAAGCGGCUCUUCAACGCCAACCACACGUGCAGCAUCUCGGGCUGGGGCCGCACAGCAGUGGGAAUAGCCUCGCAGGUUCUCUUGUGGGCCAAAGUGUCUCUCAUCCACGACUGCCAGCGGUUCUACCAAGACCGCUUCAGACCCGGGAUGAUGUGCGCCGGUGACCUAGAAGGAGCCGUAGACUCGUGCCAGGGGGACAGCGGCGGCCCUCUCGUGUGCGAGGACCACCUGGGCGUGUCCUACCUGUGGGGCAUCGUCAGCUGGGGCGAUCAGUGCGGCCAGCCGGGCUUCCCGGGCGUUUACACUCAGGUGGCGCACUACUUUGAGUGGAUCCGCCUGCACACGGGCUGGCCCGCCGUCACCCGGUUCAACUCGUGAUCGGCAUCAUCAUCAUCAUCAUCAUCUUCCUCUUCAUCGUCGUCUUUGAUUGUUUGCGCCUAUUAAACGCACUAGAGGGAAUGUUUGCAUCGUC